AUGCAAAGUUGUGAGCGCUCCACUCAACUGCAACACGGUGAUGCAAGACAAUGCCUGUAUGCCUAUGAUGAGUCGACACCAACCGAAAGUGGCUAUGGGGGCACCCUCCUCUGGAGUCCAUCCAUGCAAGGACUGCUAUUUUCCGCAACAUUCUACGGAAGCUUGGUUACGAUUGCGAUUUCCGGAUAUUUUGCUGAUCGUUUUGGUCCGAAAGCAAUUCUUUUUGUCGCCGCAUUGGAUUACACGCUAAUGACGCUGCUUGGACCUGUUUUGGCUGAAAAUAGCUACUGGGCCUAUUUUGGGUCUAGGUUGAUUAUUGGAGUGGGAGAGGGCUUCGUCUUCCCAUGUAUCAACUGCAUGGUCGCAAGGUGGUUCCCACAAAGCGAAAAAUCCACCGUGGGAGCGAUUUAUACAAGCGGGACCCAGAUCGCAGCUGAAGUGCUCCAUAUUCCAAUUCACAUGAACGGUAUUUUCACGAUGGUCCCAUUCGCCUCUCAAAUCACUUCGAAGCUCAUUCUCGGGAUGGUUUCGGAUUAUAUGAAGCGGAACAAAAUCUUGGACCCGGAUGUGUCGGGGAAGAUCUUUCAGGGUGUUAGUGCUUUUGGCUCCGGAAUGGCGUUGUUUGCACUUGGAUAUAUACCUUCCUGUGAGAGUCCAUUUAUUGCGCUGCCGAUUUUGUUGGCAUACGGCAUCUUCUUCUCGUUUGCCAUCUGUGGCUUCUUCACCUCUCUGAUCUCGAUCGCACCCCCGUAUUCUGGGACAAUGACCUCGAUCUCGAUGACCUACGCUACAGUAGCCAACGUAUCCGGGCCAAUGCUUCUAUCUUUUAUAGAAUUUAUGGGCUGGCCUCAUAAGUGGAUGAUAAUCUUCACUUGCGCUAGCUCGAUGUGCAUGCUUUCCGGGGUUCAUUACAUCUAUGCUGGGGAGGCCAAAGUCCAAGAAUGGGCGCGGAUCAAGCCGCUGUUUUCUUUUAGUUCGCAUCGCCUUCGAAUAGCUUUUCUACUAUCUGCUGCCUUUUGCUUGACAGUAUGCAUGCGAGUGAAUUUGAGCCUUGGGAUUACGUGUAUGGUAAACGCGACCGCGUUUCUUCCUCUUCAUACAAAUACCUCAAAGCUUAAAUUAGAAAAACCCUUACCACCAGCUUGCCAUCCGAUUGACGAAGAGAAAAUUGCCCAGCAGGAUGGAUAUGGGCUCGUCACGAUGUGUUUUGCCGGGUAUUUGGCUGAUCGCUAUGGCCCUAAAAUCACGUUAUUAGGCGCGGUGCUUAAUUGUAUGGUGGCGACACUAAUCGGCCCAAUUAUGGCUGUCAGAACAUAUUCUGGCUUUUGGGUGUCAAGAGCCAUGCUCGGAGUCGGACAGACUUUUGUUUUCCCAAGCUGCAACGCCAUGGCCUCCAAAUGGUUCCCACCAGAGGAACGAGCAACGAUAGGAGCAAUCUACACAUCCGGCGUUCAAGUGGCCGCCGGGGUGACUUCGUUUAUCGUGGCGGCGCUGUGCACGUCGAGUCUGGGAUGGCAGUCAAUAUUUUAUGGGUUUGCCGGAAUCGCGCUCCUCUGGCUCCCCGCUUGGCUAUUUUUCGUCACAGACGAGCCGAGUGAAAAUCGGUGGACCAAAAAAACGGAGCAACAAUACUUGGAGCGGUCGACGAAUUCGAAGAAAAAUUCUCAGCAUUUUAAAGACACCUCAUUCCCGUGGCGUCACAUCCUCUUCAGCCCCACAACGCAAGCCAUUUACGCGGCGAAUUUUUCGUUUGGAUACUGUGCCGUAUGGGUCCAGACGUUUUUACCGUUAUAUUUGAAAGAUCAGCUCUACUUGCCGAUUCAUAAGAAUGGCCUCUACACAAUGACGCCAUUUAUCUCGCAAAUUAUCUUCAAAAACGUGUUGUCUUGGGUGAGCGAUUGGCUGAAGAAGGAGAAGCAGCUUGACCCGACAAAGAUGGGGAAGGGUUUUCAGAUUUUUAGUGCCGUCGGCCUUAUUACGUUAAUUGAUUUUAUGAACUGGCCUCACAAAUGGACGAUAGCGCUUUAUACAGGAGCGGUUUUGAACAUCUUUUCCUUAGUGAUAUUUUUGUUAUAUGGAGAAGUAAAAAUCCAAUCCUGGGCCGAGUCGUCAGCCGUUCGAAGUUAUCGCGCAGCUACUGAACUUCAGGAAUUGGCC